AUGUCGGACCGUGCAGCCUCCCCGGAGGGGGCUUUAUCCUCGCCUGCCUCGGCUAUUGUUGUCAAGCGAUUCAAGAAGAAGCCGUUACCGGUGGUUGCAUCGCAGGAAUCACCUGGACAGGUGUCCGCGGAGGACCCUCUUCAUUGUGCUUUGGAUCAGUUUGCAUCAGGUAUCACACCAGACUGCAUCCCCAUUUUCUCCAUUGAGGUGGGGACCGUUGUUUGCGCCAGAGACACCUACGCCUACAUUGCAGCCAGCACCGUCUCGACCGGUCAGGUGGUCUUAGACUCCGAGGAUAUGGGGUUGGUGCCUUACAUUGCAUCAAUCCUAUUCUUCCAUGUCUCGUACCCAGGCACGGUGCGGGCCCCGACCUCAUCCGCGGCUGGUCUUACUGCAUCCACGGUUGCUGGUGUGACUGACACUUUUCUGGAAGGGUCGCCGCAGGAGAUUCAACCAGCCGUUGCAUCCUCGGCCGUGGGCAGCAGUGCGCCAGCCAUUGAGUGCAAACUUGAGAUUGCUCCAUCAGGCGACACUACACUUGAGGAGAAGACGUCUGAAUCGGACGGCUCGCUACAUGGCUCCAUCGGCCCUGCGGACGAGGUUGCAUUUCUGUGUGCGGAAACCUCUGAUAUUUUGCACGCGUCCAUUCAGGGCAGGGUGAUUCCGGCUUGCGCCUGCCGGCACAUCGGCUCAGCCCGCCACAAGGUCCGAAGUGCCCUUCAGUUCUUGUACGAUACAGACGUACAUCAUCUGUCGUCGGUGAUCCGUGGCGGACCGGACACAGGACGCUCGAAGUUGCUUCUGUCCCUUACAUUGAGUACAGACGCAAACCUGCGCUUCCAUUACGAGAAGGGUGGUGGAAAGGGAGCUACAUCAAGCUGGACGACAGACAACAGUACAUCUACGGAUCCGGCGCAUGAGCAACAGUCAGCUCCCUCCAAUCCAUUACCUUCUCAGGCCGCUGGCGUCGACUCCACUGCACCCGCAACGACUACAUCGACCUCGGCGGCGGACUCAUCUAGCACUGACACUCCAGCGCAAGCCGCUGCAAGCCACGGCACAGGUUCGAACACGGCUCAGUCGCCUCCAUUGGACCAGGGCAAUGACGCUGGCCAACCUGCAUCUACGGGCCAAGCGGGGGACUCCAUUACAUCAGGCAACAGGGGCCUGAGACAGGUCGUUCCGCCUACAUUUGCCCCGGUCCCGGGGAUGGCAAGUGCAGAAUCAGCGCACGCCAAAUGGUGUGCUGCCGUGAACCUUGCGCCUCGUGCGCUGGACUGUGUGGUUAUUCAUCAGAACUCCCGCAGGCCUUCAGAAGAGGAUGUUGAGCAUUCCUGGCGCCUGGAUGCCGCGGCUGUGGACUUUUCUUGGUUCGAUGAUUUCAUCUUUGAUGAAGUCUCCGAUCGCCAAAUGUACAUGAAAUGCAAUCCGCCGACAAAGAGGCCUGGCGUUGCCCACCUUUCAUUGCUGACAAAGGUGGCAAGUGGCAAGGGUCGCGAAAACAAGGGCAAAGGCACGUGGAGCUCGAUAUGCAUCUCGCACAACGAGCUCCUUCGGCUACAUCGAGACUCGACAAAUGAACCGAAUACAUUGAACUAUACGGUUACACUCGGUCCAUUUACAGGGGGCGGGCUACUGUUGGAGUCCGCGUCCGGCGAGCAUUGCCAUUUCGUUGAAGAACUGAACCGCAGCCUCAACUUUUGCAUGGUUGAUACUAAAGAUCAGCCGUUUGCAUUUGACGGCAAUCUCUGGCAUGGGACCGCUCCAUUCCAGGGAGACAGGUGGGUGAUCACAGCCUACACUUGCAGAAACUUGGACAAGAUGCAGGACUCUGAUGUUCAGGCACUUCGUUCAUGGGGUUUUCCUCUACCGCUGACUGAUACAUUGCUAUCGUCUGUGGCAUCCAGUCGGCUCUCGGCAUCUUUGGAGCUGCCAUCGAAAUUCUGCUUGUGGCUUGGUUCCCUUGCGCCGUCAGCUCGGGACAUGCUUGCCUCAAAGUCAGUGCCUUUGAUUCCAGUUUUGGACUUGGGCGACAUUAAAUUGAGAAGGCAAAUACUUCGCUGUGCGGCAGAGGGAGUCCUCUCUACCGUUUUCAUUCGGUUUUCAGACAAGUGGACUGCAGAGCACAAUGGUUGGGUGCUACAGCUUUGCAAGCUUGCUUUUUCGUGUGGGACGACUGUGCAUUUGGAUAUCUCCGCUUGGGACAGGUGCUGGUACGACCCGCUUUUCAUUCACUGCGUAGCGACAGGUUUUCGUCAUGUGGUCCAGAUUCCCCCGUGUGGAUUUCAGGGCUCUGAAGGCACUCCAGAAUAUCCAGUUCCAUUGGUCGAGGCCUUUGGCAAACUUUUCCUGUCUGUCGACGGCGUUGCAGGAGUCGAGAUUACUGUCUCCAUCGGAGACGAGUUGAUUGGUCCAUUCCUGUCGACCAACCGUACUGCCUACGUGCACUGUCAGCACUUUCUACAUCCUUGCAUGAUUGUGAUAUGGUGUUUCGCGCCAUCCUGUCGUGCUGUGGAAGAGGAUUCCCUGUCCAUUUCUAUGGAAAAUUGGCAGGGGGCCGAAGCGGAUCCACUCCUCCUCGAGGAGUUGGUUCAAAUUGAAGUGGACAGCGGUUGGCUUCGCUGCAUUGAUUCAUUGGAGGAUGCUAGAAAGAUCUGGCCCAAUGUGGCAGUGGGGAAACUGAACAUCGUCCAUUCCGCAGGUCGCAAGCCACGACUCGUUGUGGACUCGUCCAUAUGUGGCACGAAUUCUGCAUGUCUCAUUCCGGAAAGGACUUCAUUACCCGCACUGCAAUCUGUUCAGUGUUCAUGGCCACUGCGCGGUCGGCACGAGCCUGUGGCAGCAUGGUCCAUUGAUGUGAAAUCGGCUCAUAAGUCCAUUAGAGUGCGCGAGUCCGAACAAGGGUUGCUUGGCGUUCGAGUGGGCCCGAAGUUCUUUUUCUACAAGGUCUGUCCAUUUGGGGCAGCUUUCAGUGCAUUCUGGUUUGCUCUCCUCGGUGCAUUUUUUGUGCGAGCAUUGCGUCGGCUUAUUUAUAUUUCUCAUUUCCUUGCAUUAUAUGUUGAUGACUUCCUUGGUUAUCAGUCGGCUACAGUUGCAGAGAUGUCUCUUUGCAUUACCUUAUGCUUUUGUGGUGCUUUUGGCAUUCCAUUAUGUUGGAAGAAGCUACAGUUUGGCUGCUGCAUUCGUUGGAUUGGUUGGGAAUUGGACUUUGACAUGGGCUGUGUUUCCAUUCCCACAGACAAGUUGGAGAAGUUGGCCGAGUGCAUUUCAUUGGCCUUGCGCGGCAAGUACACUGACCUGCGCACACCAAGGGCUACAAACUACAAGGACAUUUGGCUUCGCAUUUCUGUGGAAGCUGCUGCUGAUGCCAUGGGCAACGGUUCUACAUUUGCGAUUGGUGGUUACGUUACACUUCCCUCUGGCGAAUUUUGGUUCUCUGAGCUCACAAAGACAUCAGUUGUUACGAGUGCCUUGGACAAAUUGCACUCGUAUGGUGACAAGAAUGUUGAGGCGGAUUAUUUGAGUCGCUGGAAGCCUCCUGCCUUCCAGGUGGCAGCCAUCGUUUCGACGACGAUUUACAUUGCGACAGCUUUGGGGAGCA